AUGCAGUCUUGCGCAGUCUUGCUGCCGGUGAGCUUCGAAGAGAUUGCAGUGCAGAAGGAGGAGCCGGUCGAUAACUUUUGGGUCAAGGAGACCAAAGGCUACGACCUGAGCCCCUAUGCAGACGAGCUACCACUGUGUGAGGACUUGGAUCCUGCGACAGUUGGGAAUGGGGGCUCGUGCUGGAGCACUUGCCAAGGGCAGUGUCCGAAUGAUGUACUUCAGCCUGGGUUAGCGUUUGACUUCGAUGAAAUCAGACCUGGGCAUCCAGGAUGCACCUCGCAUUUCGAGUGUGUGGGGAACUUUGUCCGAGCCUGA